AUGAAAAGAAAGACCAAGUGGUCCAUAAUUAAGAGAGGAAAGAACACGCUCUCCACUCUCCAUACAAGCCCAUCUCUAAAUAUCGUCACUUGUUCUUCAUUAGAGAAGAACACACUCCCAUUUGCAAUGGGGGUCAAGAACAUGGGGAAAUUUUCAGUUUUCUUGAUCAUAGUGAUGUGUUGCUGGGCUUCCAUGGCUGAAGCAGCGUACUUCAAAUACAAAGAUCCAAAACAAAAGCUCGGCGUUCGUAUCAAAGACUUGAUGAAAAGGAUGACUGUAGAGGAAAAGAUCGGCCAAAUGACCCAGAUCGAUCGAACUGUCGCAUCAAAUGAGGUCAUGAAGAAGUACUUAAUAGGGAGUGUUUUGAGCGGAGGAGGGAGUGUUCCGGCGAAACAUGCAACCCCAAAGCAAUGGGUUGACAUGGUCAACGAUUUCCAAAAGGGUUCAUUAUCGACCCGAUUGGGGAUACCUUUGAUUUAUGGGAUCGACGCUGUUCAUGGCCAUAACAAUGUUUACAAAGCUACAAUCUUUCCUCACAAUGUUGGUCUUGGAGUUACCAGGGAUCCUGCUCUGGUUAAGAAGAUUGGAGCUGCAACGGCUCUUGAAGUUCGAGCCACCGGAAUACAAUAUGCUUUUGCACCUUGUAUUGCAGUGUGUAGAGAUCCGAGAUGGGGUCGGUGUUUUGAGAGUUACAGUGAAGAUCCAAAGAUCGUUAAAUUGAUGACUGAGAUUAUACCAGGUUUACAAGGAGACAUCCCUGCUGGAUCAAGAAAGGGUGUUCCUUUUGUCGGUGGACAAGAUAAGAUCGCAGCAUGUGCUAAGCACUAUUUAGGAGAUGGGGGAACUCACUUGGGCACGAACGAGGGCAACACGAUCAUAGAUCCCAAAGGAUUCUUCAGCAUCCACAUGCCAGCAUAUUAUGAUUCAAUCGUCAAGGGUGUGUCUACUAUUAUGACCUCAUAUUCUAGCUGGAAUGGAAUCAAAAUGCACGCCAAUCGUUACCUUGUCAACGAUUUCCUCAAAAACAAACUUAAAUUCAAGGGGAUCGUUAUAUCAGAUUGGCAAGGAAUUGAUAGGAUCACGACUCCUGAACAUGCUAAUUAUACGUAUUCAAUCAUAGCUGGGAUGGAUGCUGGCAUUGACAUGAUCAUGGUACCAUACAACUACACAGAGUUCAUCGAUGGUCUAACUUACCUAGUCAAGAACAAGUUCGUAUCCAUGAGUCGCAUAGACGAUGCAGUGAAGAGGAUUCUAAGGGUCAAGUUCACCAUGGGUCUGUUUGAAAAACCAUUGGCAGACUACAGCAUGACCAAGUACCUUGGAAGCCAGGAGCACAGAGAUCUGGCUAGGGAAGCCGUGAGAAAAACACUCGUGUUAUUGAAAAACGGAAAAUCCUCAAAGAAGCCAUUGUUACCUCUUCCUAAAAAAGCAUCGAAGAUACUAGUUGCAGGAGCCCAUGCCGAUAAUCUUGGUUAUCAAUGUGGUGGAUGGACGAUCGAGUGGCAAGGGCUUUCAGGAGAUAUCACUUCUGGAACCACAAUCCUAUCGGCCAUCAAAAGUGCCGUAGAUCCAAAAACUCAAGUGGUCUAUAACGAAAACCCUAAUGGCGAUUUUGUGAAAUCAAACAAAUUUGAUUAUGCCAUUGUGGUGGUGGGAGAGCACCCGUACGCCGAGACGUUUGGGGACAGCAAGAAUCUGACAAUCCCGGAGCCUGGACCAAGCACCAUUAAGAACGUGUGUGGUGCAGUGAAAUGUGUGGUGGUUUUGAUCAGCGGCAGGCCCGUGGUGAUGCAGCCGUAUGUUGAAACCAUUGACGCCCUUGUCGCCGCCUGGCUUCCGGGAACGGAGGGUAAAGGUGUCACAGAUGUCCUGUUUGGUGACUACGGUUUUACAGGGAAGCUUGCACGUACUUGGUUCAAAUCUGUUGAUCAGCUUCCGAUGAAUGUUGGAGACUCGCAUUAUGACCCGUUGUAUCCGUUUGGGUUUGGGCUCACGACUGAGCCUAGGAAGAAUUUAUGAAGCUGAUGAGUGUUGAAUUUUGGUUGAUUUUUUCUGGGAAUUUCAUCUUGUAGUAGAGACAUUCAGCUUUUCAGCAAGUAAUGUUAUAUUAAUGUUU